GUCAGUCGGUGUCACUCAGCUGUUUUUGUCUUCCUGGUUUUUUCGGACUGAAGACGGUUUUUUUUUCUGCUUGUUUUAAACAACAAGACUUCAACUGGACGAGAUUCACUCAACUAACUCCAGAGAUGUGUUUUUAAUAUAAAGUAGUUUAUAUAAGUGUUUAAAUGUUCAUCAAUCUCAUCAAACAUGAGACAAGAAGUCUUAUUUUUAAUCGUUUUUAUCGUUUUAACGGAAACAUCCGGUUCUCCUCCUGCAGAUACAGAAGAUCAAGAACACACAGCGUCUCUCAGGUCGAUGCUGGACGACUUCGACGUGCUGCCUCUCUCCAGCCUGCAGACUCACUCCGUCCGCCGCCGCGACGUCCAAACUCAAAGUCAUGUGGAGAAACUGGUCAGCUUCGACGCCCUGCAGAGGCAGUUCAGACUCUACCUGAGGACCAACGACCAGCUGUUCACCGACGACUUCAGAGCCGUGAUCGUGGACGAGGACGGACGAGAGCGGAGCUACUCCGUCAACAGACACAACUACUUCACCGGACACGUCAUCGGGGAGGAACACUCUCGUGUUCAGGCUCAUAUAGACGACCAUGAGUUCUCCGCUCACAUCCUGACUGACGAGGCCGAGUACAACAUCGAGCCUCUGUGGAGGUUCACGUCGGCGCCCCCUGAUGGUCGUCUGCUGAUCUACCGCUCAGAGGACAUCAGGAACCUCAGCCGCCUCCACCAGCCUUCAGUCUGCGGCUACGUGACCUCUGACCCCGACCACCUCCUCCCUGACGGCGUCAAAGCGGCCGUGUUGGAGGACCAAGAGGAAAAAGAGCCUGUGUUCAGAGGGAAGCGUCAGGUACACGAUCACAGGAAGAACACCUGUCCCCUGCUGCUGGUGGCCGACUAUCGCUUCUUCAGACACAUGGGCCGCGGAGAGGAGAGCACCACCCUCAACUACCUGAUCGAACUGAUUGAUCGCGUGGACGACAUCUACAGAAACACGUCGUGGGACGAUGAGUUCAUAGGUUACGGCGUUCAGAUCCAGCAGAUCAUCAUAGAGAAGGGUCCGACUGAUGUAGAUCCAGGAAAAAGUCACUUCAACAUGGAAGGAAGUCCAGUGAAGGGUCGAGGCGUCUGGGACGUCAAGAAGCUGCUGGAGCAGUUCAGUGUUGACAUCGCCCAAAACGCUUCCACCGUCUGCCUGGCUCACCUCUUCACCUAUCAGGACUUUGAUGAGGGCACUCUGGGUCUGGCCUACGUCGCCUCGUCCAAACCGGACGUCCCCGGAGGUCUCUGCUCCAAAGGCUGUCCUUCAUCGACCAACGAACAAGGAGCGAUCUACCUCAACACGGGCCUGACCAGCACGAAGAACUACGGGAAGACCAUCCUGACGAAGGAAGCAGAUCUGGUGACGACUCAUGAGCUCGGCCAUAACUUUGGAGCAGAACACGACCCCGACAACAUCCCGUACUGCGCCCCCCGAGAUGACCAGGGAGGGAAGUACGUCAUGUAUCCCAUCGCCGUGAGCGGAGACCACGUCAACAACAAGAUGUUUUCUAACUGCAGUAAACACUCCAUCGUGAAGCGUCUGAGGAUGAAGGCUCCGUCCUGCUUCAAGCAGAGGAACAUUAAUGUGUGCGGUAACUCUCGGGUGGAGCAGGGGGAGGAAUGCGACCCGGGACUGCUGCACAUCAACUCGGACCGCUGCUGCACCGCCGAGUGCCGGCUGACAGCUGGAGCUCAGUGCAGCGACAGGAACAGUGCGUGCUGUAAGAACUGCAGGUUCGAGUCUGAAGGAGAAAUCUGUCAGGAGCCCAUCGACGCCACCUGUAAAGGUCACUCGUACUGCACAGGAAACAGCAGCGAGUGUCCUCCCCCAGAGAACGCCGCCGAUAAAACCAUGUGUCUGGACAGCGGCAAGUGUCUGAACGGAGAGUGUAUUCCUUUCUGUCAGGCCGUCUUAAAGCUGCAGCCCUGCGCCUGCAACGAAACCAGCUCGUCGUGUAAAGUCUGCUGUCGCAACAGCAGCGGCGUCUGCGCUCCCUACCAGGACGUAACAGGCAACUUCCUGUUCCUGCGUAAAGGCAAACACUGCACCGUGGGCUUCUGCGACGGAGUGGGGAAGUGCAACAAGCAGGUUCAGGACGUGGUGGAGCGUCUGUGGGACUUCGUCGAUAAACUGGACAUCAACACGUUUAAGAAGUUUCUGGCCGAUAACAUCGUGGGUUCGGUGGUGGCGUUCUCUCUGCUGUUCUGGAUUCCUUUCAGCAUCCUGGUCCACUGCGUGGACAAGAAGCUGGAUCAACAGUACGAACAGACCACCAAGUCUAUGUUCUUCCCCAGUAAUGCCGAGCUCCUGAGCAGCCUGGAGUCUGCAUCAGUCCGGAUCUUCAAACCUCCGACCUUCCCCACCAGCACCUCCUCCGCCGGGCUGCGUUUCCAGCCGUCAGCCGCCGGACCCCAACAGACCAGCACCCCUCCGGUCUCCGUCUCCGCCCCUGACCCUGACCCCGUCCCCAGCCCCGCCCACCCCCCUCUGGACGGCCCCCGCAUGGCCACCAUCCAGGAGGACUCCAGCCUCGACUCGCACCUGGACCAGGAGGCUCUGGAGGAGGCGUUCGGGCGGCCGGCGGGGUCGACGCAGCGCUCCUUCGAGGACCUGACGGAGAAAAGUGUGACGAGUCGCAGCGGGAAGGGGACGAUGUUCAGACUGCAGAGACAACAUCAGAUCGACACCAAGGAGACGCAGUGCUGAGAGGAGACACCUGCUAAGAGGACACACCUGCUGAGAGGAGAGGACACACCUGUAGAGAGGAGACACCUGUAGAGAGGAGAGGACACAUCUGUAGAGAGGAGAGGAGACACCUGUAGAGAGGAGAGGACACAUCUGCUGAGAGGAGAGGAGACACCUGCUGAGAGGAGAGGACACACCUGUAUAGAGGAGACACCUACUGAGAGGAGAGGAGACACCUGUAGAGAGGAGAAGACACACCUUUAGAGAGGACACAGCUGCUGAGAGGAGACACCUGUAGAGAGGAGAGGAUUUUUAUUUUAAACAUAUGUAUCGGUAUCAGCCAUCGGCCAAAUUUUGGUAUAUAGCAUCGGUAUCGGCUAGCCUUCAAAUUUUUAUAUUAAACAUCGGUAUCGGCUUUCGGCCAACUUUUUAUUUUAAACAUCGGUAUCAGCUAUCGGCCAACUUUUUAUUUUAAACAUCGGUAUCAGCUAUCGUCUAAAUUUUUA